UCCCGGUUGCGACAGACAGCCGGCCUCAGCUCCCAGCGCUCCCUGUCCCCGCCCCGUGGCCGGCUCACUCCACUCCCACUUCCUGAGCCCGGCGCUGGAGCCCCUGGCGCCCCGGAGGCCAGGCCAGGCCCGGCCGCUCCGGCCCCCGGGGGCACGUCGGCCAGUUGGGUCCCUGCCCCUGGGCUCGGGAGGUUGCUGCCACCCCUGCCCAGCACAUCCAGGCCUCCCACCUUCCUCCGGGGCCUCCACCCAUCUGGUCCACUGGCCCACCGGCCGCCAUGCGCUUGCCGUCGGCCACCUCCCCCUGCGGCCUGGCCUUGGGGCCACUCAUGCUGGGCCUCUGCGCUCUGCUGGCAGCAUCUCAGCCCAGCUCGGUGCCCCCAUACCACACGGAAAACCAUACCUGCCAGGAUGAGGAAAAGGAGUACUACGAGGCCAAGCAUCAGGUCUGCUGCUCCCGCUGCCCCCCAGGCACGCAUGUCUCAGCUGAAUGUACCCGUGGCCAGAACACAGUUUGUGCCACAUGUCCCGAAAAUUCGUACAACGAGCACUGGAACCAUCUGUCCAUCUGCCAGCUGUGCCGCCCCUGUGACCAGAUGCUGGGCUUCGAGGAGAUUGCACCUUGCACUGGCAAACAGAAAACCCAGUGCCGCUGCCAGCCAGGAAUGUUCUGUGUCCUUUGGGACCCUGAGUGUGUACACUGCGAGCCACUCUCUGACUGCCCACCUGGCACCGAAGCAGAGCCCAAAGAUGAAGUCUGGGAGGCUAACAGCAACUGUGUUCCCUGUAAGACAGGGUACUUCCAGAACACCUCCUCCCCCAGCGCCCGCUGCCAGCCCCACACCAGGUGUGAGGACCAGGGCCUGGUGGAGGCCGCUCCUGGCACCGCCCAGUCGGACACCAGCUGCAGAAAUCCGUCCGAGUCCCCGGAGAUGCCAGGAACCAUGCUGGUGCUGGCCAUCCUGCUGCCGCUGGUCUCCUUUCUGUUCCUCACCACCGUCCUCGCCUGCACCUGGAAGAGCCACCCGUCUCUCUGCAGAAAGCUGGGAUCCCUGCUCAAGAGGCGUCCAGAGGGAGAGGAAUCAAAUGCUCCUGAUGGAAGCUGGGAGCCUCCGAGGGUCAGCCCACAUUUCCCUGAUCUGGUAGAGCCACUUCUGCCCAUCUCUGCAGACUUGUCCCCGGCCCUGGCCGGGCUCCCAACGACGCCAGCUUUGGAGGAAGAGGUGCUACAACAGCAGAGUCCUCUUGGCCAGGCCAGGGAGCUGGAGGCUGAGCUCCCAGAACAAGGCCCCGUGGCCCACGGUACCAACGGCAUUCAUGUCACUGGCGGGUCUGUGACUGUCACUGGCAACAUCUACAUCUACAAUGGGCCAGUGCUGGGGGGAGCACGGGGCCCUGGCGACCCCCCAGCUCCCCCCGAGCCUCCAUACCCCAUCCCGGAAGAAGGUACCCCUGGCCCUCCCGGGCUCUCUACACCCUACCAGGAAGAUGGCAAAGCUUGGCACCUGGCUGAGACAGAGACACUGGGGUGCCAUGCCCUCUAACAGGACCAAGGACUCAACUUGUCACCCCUGCCUGAUGGCGUCUGGGAAAAGCCCAGAGAAGGGAGGUGGAGGAGCACCUUCUCCCUGAGGCAGCCUGACCCACACAGGAUGGACAGAGGGCCUGGGGAGGGCCCCUGGGGGAAGACCCUGAGGGGCCAGGCCUCGGAGAGCAAGGCCGGGCACUGGCUGGGUGCGGUGCCCACCACAGGAUGCUCACCACCGCCUGGCAGGCCUGAGACUUCAUUGCAGACCCCCUGCCCCCUGGGGCUGCACCAGCUCAGCUUCAGGCACGGACAGGGCAUCCGAUGCUAACUGCUGCCCGCCAUGGCACUCCACACCCUAAGCACGGCACGGAGGGGAGCCAGCCACAUGGUCACUUGCGAGGAUGUCACCGGGACCUCUGACAGAUUCGUGGUGCGCAUCCCCAAGCUUCAGAGGCCAUUUGAGGGCCCGCACUUCACAUGGACUGAGGUAGACCCUUUAUGAAGAUGGAGUCCCAUGAGGACUAGAGUUCCUAGAGAGGAAGGGGAGUCACUAAAAACUGGGGAUUUGGGUCGGGUUACCAGGUAUAGGGAGAGCUUUGGAGGGGGAAGAAAAUGGUGAGUGUAUUUAUAAAUUGUAACCACCUGCAAAUAAAGAGGAGAUUAAGACUA